UGGGUCGCAGCACCACCUCGCCCACCGACCACGACCACCGUCCCAGUCUCUGUACGCUGCGACCGCUUUCGGAACCUGCAGUGUCCACAUCGACCGCCGUUCGUUCGUGAUUGCGCCGAUGCGACCGCCGCCCAGCCAAUCUGCCUCUGCCCUAGCCAAACGUCACCACUUUCGCGUGUCAAAUAUCACCUCGCCCCAGGCAUAAGAACACCAGCCAGAGCAUCCACCCGACCGGGCACCGCCCACCAUGUCUUUCUUCGGCUUCGACACCAACCUGCCGAGGGACCGCGGCCACGCCUCCAAUGCCCCCGGGUUCGGCCAGCACGACGCCUUCGCUGCCCUGGGUGGAGGGGCAGCCGAUGACGAUGUCAUCGACUUCGAGGAGACGUACGACGGCCUGGGCGACCAGCUAGACGACGAUGCCGAUGACCUCAACGACGACACCUUUGGCGGCGGCCCGGCCACGCAGCAGUCUGUUGGGAAACACUUCGACUUUGCUGGCCAGACCUCCAUGGUGUCAAGCACCCUGCAGGAGGAGCAGAUGCUGUACCAGGCUCGCCAGAAGUACCCCCAGCAGCAGCAAUACCAGCAACAGCAGCAGCAGCCCCAACAGUACCAGCAGAGACCGCCCGUCCCACAGGCGUCCAAGCCCAACCGAACUGGCUAUGAGAGCUACAAGGAUCCCGAGUACAUUCCCCAGCUGGAGGCGCGCGCCGAUAUUUGGGGCCUCAAGCCGAAGCAGCCAGCUGCGCAGAGACAGCCGUCACCCCAGCCCCCCGCCGCUUCGCAGCAGCCCGCGCCCACGAGGAAGGCCAUGAGCAUGGAGGAGGUCGAGGCCAUGAUGCGUGCUCAAUCCAUAGGCACUCCUCCAGUCCAACAUGCGCCACCUCCGGGCUUCCCAGGAUAUGCGCAGCAACAGCAGUACCCGCAGCAGCAUUUCCCGCAACAGCAGCCUCAGUAUCCCGGUAUGCCUGCUGGAGGUAUGCCAGGACAGUUUGCGCCGCAGAUUCUGCAAAGGCCUCAGCAGCAACAGCAGCCGGUCAGACAACAACAGCAGCAGGCUCGUGCAGAGCUCCCUGAUCAACCCGUCCGGUCUCAGCCGCCCCAACAGCCCACCAUCCUGCAGCGACAAAGGCCUCAGUCCAACGAACCCGGCGCGCAGCAGCAGCGCCAGGCGCCAUCUCAGGCACAGGCUCAGGGUCCGCCUACCCAGCCUCGACAGAUCUUGCAGAACCCGAACCGUCUGUCCGGUCAAGGCCAGCCGAUGGUUCAGAACCCUCAACAGGGUCCUCAAGCCGGUCGCGGGAUCCCUGCGGGACACAACCGGGGUCCAUCGUUCCCCGGAAUGGUCAUUACCCACCCCGAGCAACUUCUGCAGCUAUCCGAGGCCGAGCGUGCAGCCUUCCUAGAAGAAGAUGCCAAGCGGGCCAAACGGAACCACAAGAUUGCUCUGCUAGCAAAGGACAACGGCCUCAUGACGCCACAGGACAAGAACUUCAUCACCCGGAUCCAGCUGCAGCAGUUGAUGACUGCGACUGGCAACUUGGAGGAGAGAGGGCCCGAGGCAGCUAUUGCUGAGGACUUUUACUACCAGGUCUUCACCCAAAUUCGGGGUGCUCCACGUCAAAACCCGCAGCAGCCAGCAAGCCAAUUUGCUCAGACAUAUCUGUUCCAGACCAACAACAGGUUUGGCAACCGCAGACAAGGCCGAGGAGGCGACAACCACAUGCAGCGCAUGGAGCAGCAGAUCCAGCGAGCAGUCGAGGCCGCCAAAGCGAGACCAAAGGCUAGACAGCUCGUUGUGGAAGGCAGCCUAGGAAAGAUUGCCUUUAGCAACUCCAAGACCCCGCGACCGCUGCUCAACCUCAAGCGAACGGAAAACAACGACAAGCUGCCAAAGAACCACAAGUCUUCCAUCGCGGAUCGCAAGGAGGCUCUCCGCAACAUCGAGGCUGUGUACAAGACACUCAUGCAAAUGGAAGACCACGAGCGCGCAAUGCCGCCUCCGAUCCAAGAAGGUAGCCCCCCUGAAGCCAUCCAGGCGCACAUGGAGUGGCGAUCGAAGAUUGAGGCUCUCCACCAGCAACUCUGGCUGAACACCAAGAUCAUGGAGCCCAUCAACCCCAGCACACCGCAUCCCUUCAUCUCCAUCCUUUCGCAUGCCAAGGGAAAGAAGGUGAUUCCGCGCCUGUUCCGACACAUCAACGAGCAGGAGCGCAUCACCGUUGUCACCAUGAUUGUCGUCCAUCUAGAUGCUCUCUCUGUGGUUGGCCAUGCCAUCGCUACGCCUGAAGAGCCUUUGAGCGCAGCCAUCCGAGAAGAGGUUGACCUUUUCUCUCAAACCGUCAUGUCACCCAUCCACGCACACAUUUCCGAGGCGCCAUUGAACAUUGUCAUCGGGCUUCUUGGCCUUGUCUUGGACCGCACCAACCUCCAUGUUGUGGCUCGUAGCAGAAUUGGUCUUACGCUUCUUACGUUCCUCAUAUCCCGUGCGGAGCUUCUUAAGCAGUCGGCUCCAGAGAUGGUGACCGAUUGGCAACAGUGGACGGGGCUUUACAACCGUCUGUUCGACGUCAUUGAGCCCGUUCUUCCUUACCUGUUCCCCGGAAGCAUCAACGACACGGACGACAUGUACAUCUGGCAGUUCUUGGCUGCAAUGGGUGUGGGCGCCAGUCCCGAGCAGCAACAGCGUUUGGUGCUGGGCGUCAAGGACCGCGUCAUGGAAACGGUCUCUGUUAGCAAGGCCCUACCUGCUGACAUGGCAAGCGCACGCACAGCAAAUGUGAACCUCUUCAUGAGGGCUAUCGGUCUGGAUGUUGAGCUGCUUGGAUGAAACCCCCUGAGGAUCAACAUUUAGCCAUGCAAUGCUAUCGGGACGCCACGCAUCGCGUUCUGCGGUAGGCCGAUGUUCGGAGUACAAAGUCCAUGCCAAGGGGUUGGACGCCGAUGGACUCGGACAUGCAGCACCAGUCUUGCGUGUAGUCGUCGCCUAGUUGCCAUGUGUCCGUUGCAUAGUCGGAGCAGAGCGGAGGACCAGAGAGCUGGCAGUAUAGGAGUUAUCCGAGAGUAGACGGCUCUGGCGGCCAGGCCCAGGUGAUGGAUGGGCCUCUGGUGGCGCGUCGACGAUAUAGCAAGGACAUCACUUUAUGAUAGAACAAAAGCGCCCCAUUCAAUAUUCGAAUAUACGCAUUGAUUUCAUGC